AUGCAAAAUGCCAGUCGCGCGGACUGGCAUUCCAUCAGGGCGGUGCCGGCCCCGCUGCCGGGGCGCCUGCCGCGUCCAUGUUCAGCGCCGUGCCCGGCGCCGCUGCAUCCCCAUACCGGCCAGCAUGACGGCAAGGCCCAUCAGCACCAGGGCAGGCACCCCGGUGGCGGGGACCGGCUGCGGCGUCAAUGCGGCAGCAACCACCAACUCCUGGUCACGCGAAUUGUUGGCCGGCUCCGGGUCCGUGGUUCCACUGACCGCCGUCACGGUGGCUGUCAGGCUGCCCUGCGUGGUGGGCGUGAAGCUCACCGUGCAGGAAAUGCUGGCACCCGCGGCCAGCGGCGCGCCUGUCGGUACCGCAGGCGAACAUGA